AAAAGUAAGAAAAUCUGUGAAUAACUAAGUAUCUUCAGGUGGAUUCAUUUAGGUUUGGAUUGUUCCAGCGACCAUCUGCUUCAACAAAAUGGAGGCAGUUGGAGACAAAUGUUGGUUUGAUUAUAUUUCUGAUGAUGUCCUUCUUCACAUUCUGUGUUUCGUGCCACGAAAGUUUUGGGUUGAUCUUACCAAAGUGUGCUCCAGGUUUAAGAUGGUGUGUCACGACAAGGACAUAUUCAGGUACACUGAUCUGCAAAACUGUGUGGGGUUGACAGAGAACAGGCUCAAGGAGUACCUGGGCGCUGGCAGGGACCUCAUUGAAGUGCUCAACCUCAACCACUGCUACUGGUUCACCUCAACUUGUCUUCUGAACAGUCUCUUAAAGUGCCAGAAAGUACAACAUUUGUUUCUGUUAGAUUGUAAACUGACAAUUAACGCUCUUGCAAAAGUUGUGUGCUCAUUGGAAUGUCUCAAAACCCUUGUGAUUUCUGUUGCAAGCUUAUUGGAGUUUUCAUCUGAGAUUAACCUAAACCAAACAUUCCAACAAUCACUCAAGCAUAUUGAGCAUUUUGGUAUUCAUACACGAGAGGACAUUACCACUACUGCGCCUAGAUGUCAACAAGUGAGCAGUCAGAAGACAAUAUUUGAAUACUGUCCCAAUAUGGAAACAUUUUGCAUGAUAGUUUCUCCUGGAAUGAACCAUAAAGAGAACAGGCAUUUUAUUCAUCCACUAAUCAAAACGGAAAAACUCAGAAAUUUGAAAAACUUGUCCAUAAAUUCAACAGCUUACGCCACUACCCGUCUGUAUUACUUUGCAAUUCUGACAAAGUCAUUAGCUCAAGCUGGUAAGCAGUUCAUGAGUCUCUCACUGUCUGUCCUGGACAAGGGUGUCCCAAUACUUUGCCACAACUUGGAAUCUAAAACUUUCAACAAUUUAAUUAACACAUUGAAGGAAUCAUGCAUGACCUUGCAAAGUCUGGAUAUGUCUGGAGUGGACUUAGUGAACCUUGAUGCAUUUUUUGAUAUGGACAAACCAGCAUUGCAGUACUUGAAUCUGUCACACACAUUGUCAACGAUGACUUAUAUCAUGCUUCUCAGAGUCAGCCGGUGUUCCAACCUGGUCUCACUGAACCUGCAGGGCGCCAGCGGCACAAAAACACACUGGGGUCAGCAUAAUCUUCAAGCCUUAGGGAAUGUGCUGGAGCAGUGCAAGAACCUGCGACAUCUCAACCUGUCUGACUUGCACCUGCACCUUGAGAACUUUCACACCAGUCCUGUGUCUGCUCUCACCAAGUACAACAUCACAGGGUUGCGCAGCCUUGCACUUCCUUCAUGCAGCUUGGCCGAAACCUCCAGUAAUGCUGAUUAUGUGAACCGUGUGUCUGGAAAACGCCAACGAAUUGAUAGACAUGCCUCACUAUCUGUUGCCUUGGCUGCCGAGAUGUCUGUGUGUCGCCUGCAGUCCGCAUGCCCCCACCUGGAGUCUCUGGAGAUCAUUAACCCCGGGCAGCGUGUUGCCCUCGACAACGGGCCCUUUACCCUGCCACACCCACUUUGCCCAUUAUCAUGCUGGGUGGGAGACGCACAGCUGAGCCAGGUGUCUCGCUGGAUUCACCUCCGCUACCUACAGAUCACUGGUGCCCCAGGAGUCACAAAAAAUGACUUCCUGAAAGCCAUUGGAGAAUCCUGUCAGAGCCUGAAAAUUCUCCACCUGGCAUACAUUGGUCUGGGUGCUGCCAUGAGUCCAGCUUUCUGGGACUGUCUGCAGUACUUUCCAGCCCUCCUUGACCUGAGGAUUGAGCAGACCCAGAUGAGUGUCAAUGAGAGGUUCUUACGGUCUUGUCAGGCCUGUCAGAGGCUGGAACGCCUCGUACUGGUUUCUAGAACAGGCAGCGUGGACACUCAAUCAGUGGAAAACUUUGUGCAUUCGGCUUGUGGUCUGUUCCUGAUCGUGUUGUUGACAGAUAUGACACUGAAAAACAGUGACCUGCUCCAGGCUACUCUCCAGAGGGGGUAUGAGUGCAGCAGACCUGGGUUUCUUGCGCUGGUGGCCCCGCUGUCCCACGACAAGGCUAACCAGGCCCUCCAGCGCCUUCCCCUAAUACAUCUUGUGGGCAUAACAAAGCUGGCCUCAACUGUAGCAACCCGACCUUUUGAUGGUGAUGUUAGACCUCAAAACAAGUAGCUACCAGACCUUCAGCCAAAUAGCCACCGGUCCUUUGCAUAGAACUGUCAAGAGGUGUCAAAAUGAGUUAAUAUAAGUGACAGUAAUGUAAACAAGAACUAGCUGAAUGCAGAUUUCUGAUUUCACAAUCAACUGUAUGGGCAUUGUUUUGUUGGCUUUUGUUACAAUGCAUGCAACUGUUAAAACUGUCGCCGUUAAAGAUAAAACAUGUUUGAGUGUAAACAAUACAAGCAUGCUUUCGAACCAUGGGUAUGGCGUGACAUUGUACAUUGGUGCAUAAUUUUCGCGCGCUUUUGUCGGGACAAAGGAAAUACACGACGCUAGAAUUUGUAAACGUCUCGUUAACAUUAAACAAUCGGGAGUGUGUUUCGGAUUACAAAUUAUUAUUCUCAUUUGGGAAUAAAACAAAACAUUUA